AGAGAGACCUGGGAGGGGGGUGGGGCAGGACCAAAUCCUCUCUCCCAGGAAAGGCCGAGCUUCCUAAAGCCAGGAAGGAGGUAGAGGAGGGACACCAAAGGGAAGACGACAAACGGAAGAACUUUGUGAAACAAGCCAGGCAGGGGGAAUCCGCUGAGGAAGGGAGUGGUCCAGGGCCUGAUCUCUUUGCAUCUUAGUACUAGGGGCUUUGCUGGCUGGGUCAGGCCACCCAAAGGGAUGGGCUGUAGUUCUUGGUUGGUAAUAAAACAGAUUAAUUUCUACCUGAUAGCUGCUGUUUGGAAGAGACAGUCUCUCAAAAUGGGGAGAUCCAUAGAGGAAAAACUAAAAGUUCGGCAAGCAUUUAUGAGCUUUUAUGAGCUGACCCCUGGAUACUUCAAGAUCAAGCAAGAGAUGGCUGUAAGUCAUUCUCAAGCCAGCAGGGAGAUAGUUGGGUCUCAGGUGAUGUCAAGAGAGUUUGGUCAGGGCUAGGACUCAAGGGGAUUCAGAUAUUCCUGCUUAGGUAUCAGGAAACCAGGAAGGCCAUGAGACCACAUUGGAGUUGCAUCAUGGUAGUGGUGUCGGUGAAAGGGUGCAGGGGCAGGGCCUGUCCUGCAAAGGUGGUCUUCAGGGUCAGGGCAAGAAGAGAGGAGCUAGGGAGGCUCUUAGCACUUUGUUCUCUGGGGGCAGAGGGGACUGGAGGGGAGAGUAUGGAGGCAGGGAGCCCUGAUCCGGGGUUUGCAGGAUACAGGCAGGAGGUAAAAGGCUCGACUAGUAGUGAGGAUAGCAGGAGAAAUAUUCAGCAGACAGGUCUUGACUGCAAGAUGGUGUGGGGUAUCCGGGUCAAUCCUAGGUUUUUCUGCUUGUUGAGGUGGGGAAGGAAGCAGGUUUGAGAAAGAGAAAGGUUAGUUUGGGUAAACUGUGUCUGAACCGGUCUCGGGAUCUGCAGGCGGCUGGAGCUCAGGAGGGAGGUCCUAGCUGGGGGGAGCAGUCAGAGAAGAUGAGAGUCCUGGGAAGGCGUAGGCGGGGAGAGGAGAGCCUCAGCUGACGUUUAGUGACAGAAGGAGGAGCCUGAGGAGGAGACAGGACAAAAGCUGCCGGAGAGGCAGGAGGGCAACGAGUUCCGUGCGGUGGCCUCCAGGUCCUGUGCUGCAGAGCCGUCUGGCAGUUGGAGUCGAGCCCCGACCAUGGGCAACACGCAAGAGCGGCCGUCCGAGACGAUCGACCGCGAGCGGAAACGCCUGGUAGAGACGCUACAGGCGGACUCGGGGCUGCUGCUGGACGCGCUGCUGGCGCGGGGCGUGCUCACCGCACACGAGUACGAGGCGCUGGAUGCACUGCCUGAUGCUGAGCGCAGGGUGCGCCGCCUGCUGCUGCUGGUGCAGGGCAAGGGCGAGGCCGCCUGCCAGGAGCUGCUGCGCUGCGCCCAGCACACCACGCGCGCGCCAGACCCUGCUUGGGACUGGCAGCACGUGGGCCCCGGCUACCGGGACCGCAGCUACGACCCUCCAUGUCCAGGCCACUGGACGCCUGAGGCACCCGGCUCGGGGACAUGUCCCGGGCUGCCCAGAACUUCAGACCGCGACGAGGCCGGGGGUCCUGAGGGCUCUGAGGCAGUGCAAUCGGGGACCCCAGAGGAGCCAGAGCUGGAAGCUGAGGCCUCUGAAAGUGCUGAGCCAGAGCUGGAUUCAGAACCAGAGCCGGAGGCAGAACGAGAGCCAGAGCCAGAGCCAGAGCCGGAGCCCAAGCCCGACUUCGAGGAGGCACAGGAGUCUGAAGAUUCCUGAAGGCGCUGACGGGCUGUUUCCCACCCAAGCAGGAUAGGAACUGGGAUCCUGCCGGAACUGUAUGAGAUACCACCAAGGCUCCAUCGGGCUCAGUACACCUGGAAGUCAAUAAACUCCAGAGGGUCGGCCUGGGCCUUGGCUCUCUCCACAA